UUUUUUUUCGGUUUUAAAAGAUUUAUUUGUAUGUGAGUACACUGUUGCUGUCUUCAGCUACACCAGAAGAGGGCAUCAGAUCCCAUUACAGAUGGUUGUGAACUACCAUGUGGCUGCUGGGAUUUGAACUCAGGACCUCUGGAAGAGCAAUCAGAGUUCUUAACCGCUGAGCCAUCUCUCUAACCCAUGACUUUAUAGUUAAGUAUCUGUAUUAUGCACAUUGCUCUACACCUAUAUUUCUCUCUGAGUAUGUCUCUCUCUGACUCUUUCACUAUCACAUAUAUCUGGUUAGGAUCCUUAAAAUAGUUCAGGGUAGAAUCUGGAUGUGGUAGUACAUAUCUAUAGCCCUACCUACUCAAAAUACCAAGAUAGUUGAAUUGCUUGAGUACACAAGUUCAAGACCAGCCUGAUCAACAUAAUAGCGAUACACCAUCUUAAAAAAAAGGGGGGGGGUAGGGGAUUUAGCUCAGUGGUAGAGCACUUGCCUAGCAUGCGCAAGGGCCUGGGUUUGGUCCCCAGCUCCGAAGGAAAAAGAAAAGAAAAGAAAAGAAAAGAAAAGAAGCCAGAAAGGUUCGUCAGUUAAGCACACUGGCUGCUCUUGUAGAGGACUCAGGUUCAAUUCCUAGUAUGCACUCAGUGUCUCACAACUGUAUGGUACUCUAGUUCUAGGGGAUUCAGUGUCCUCCAAAACCACAAACCUACAUUCAGGCAAAAUAUCCAUACACAUAAAAAAUGAUAAUAAUAAAAACUUUUUAAAAUCCAUGGUAAAGGGAUAGUAAAUGAUUCACACGUGAUGUAGAGGAGGGUGGUAGAGGUGGGAAGGAGAUGGAUUCCAGAGCUAUUUGAGAGUUGGGAAUGGAGACUUCUGCCUGUAAGCCCAGUUCUUGAGAAGUAGAGACAGGAGGACCAGGGGUUUAAAGUCAUCCUUGGCCACAUAACAAGUGAAACCUCAUGCCAAACAAACAAGCAAACAAAGGCCAAACAAACAAUGACAAAAGACAAGGUUGAGGAUUUAGCUCAGUGGUAGAGCACUUGCCUAGGAAGCACAAGGCCCUGGGUUCGGUCCCCAGCUCUGAAAAAAAAAAAAAAACCCAAUGACAAAGACAACCUGUAUCUAUUUUGGAAUUUUACAAACCAAAAUUAAAAAGAGCCAUAGGGUUUGGGACUAGAGCUCAGUAGCAGAGCACCCAUUUAGAGGCUAUGAAGCUCUAUGUUUAGGGCACUGGGUUUUAUCCCUACCACCAAAGCUGUAUCAUUUUCUUGCAGUUCAUCUACAAAAGAGACAAGGGUGUGCUUGGGAACUUCGCUAAGACCUUGCAUUGUUGCUCUGCAUACAUUCUAUACCAGCCUUUCUCUCCCAGAUGGCUGAGUGAGGCCACAUCAGCUUUCACCACAAGGCCAGAUGCCUGUUGCUUCCAAAUUCUGAAGCCCACAAUGCCCAGUUUCUGAUUGUUCCUCAACGAGACUUGAAGCUUGGAAAAGGAACUUGUUUCCUAAACACUUUUCUGUGUAGGAAGUAACUUUCACAUCUGAGUUUCAUCUGAGACUUUCACAGGCAGAAUUUACUGGAAUCAAACAAUUGUAGGUUUGAAUUCUGGCUCUCCCACUUCAUUCGUCUCAUCUGCAAGAUGGGGAGAAUACUACUCUCCAGCACUUGGCUCUUAAAGAAAGGUAGACACCAUUAUCUCUAAUAUUCCUAAGUAAUGAAAGGAUUACUUAAUUUCAUUUUAUGAACAAGAAAAUCAAGGGUCAGGGCCGUGAGGUACUUGGCAGGUCCCAGUGAGUAAAUACCUAUUCCAGGAAGGCAUCCCUUUGUAUUUCCAUAUGCUCAUAAAAGUUCCUGCUGCAUAGUAUGACUUUCACAAAUACAAAUUAAUGGAUUCGACAUCACUGGCGUAAAAGAGUGCUCAGUUUCCUUUUGCCCCAUGGUAUGUCUGGGCUAAGGACAUUAGGAAGGCUGGGUGGUGCCAAGACAAAAGCUUGAUCAGUUAUUUACUCUUUACAGAGAUGUCCCUCGGGUUGAAAAGCAAAAUGAGGAACAGCAAACUUACCAACCUUACUUUUAUUCAUUGUCUCCUGUCCAGCUCUAUGACGUUACAUUAUUAUUAUUAUUAUUAUUAUUAUUAUUAUUAGUAGUAGUAGUAGUAGUAGUAGUAGUAGUAGUAGUAUUGAGUUUUUGAAAUGGAGUUUAGUUAGUUCUGUCUAUCCUGGAACUAGCUCUGUAGACCAGGAUAGCCUUGGACUCACAGAAAUUUACCUACCUUUGCCUCCUGAGUACUGGGAUUAAAGGUGUAUGCCACCAGGUCUGCCCAUAAUUUUUGAGACAAGAACUCACUGAGUAGCCUGCCUCUGCCUCCCUAGUGCUGGGAUUAAAUGCAUGUGCCAUCACUGCCCGGCCAUUAGUAAUAAUAUUAUUAUUACUUUGUGAGACAGGAUCUUACUAUGUAGCUCAGGCUGGUCUCAAACUCAAAAGAAACAAAAAUGUAAACAUUUUGGGUUUUUUGUAGCAGUAGUUGCUACAAAAGUGAAUACACACAUUAUGCUAAGUGUUUAUACAGUUACAAUGUAUACAGAACAGUUGAAAGCCUUCAUUAAAAUGCUGAUGGCCAAUGACACUGGGAUGAAAAUAAUGUAUUUUUACUCUAUGUGGGACUGAAGCUUAUUAAAAUCCACAUUCUCUAGGGAGUGAGGAGCUUCCUGCUUUCCUUUAAAAACAAAAACCUCAGAGUCCAGUAAAUUUUCACUCAGCAGCAGACACGCAGAAUGGGAGAGGGUGACGGGGAGGAAGGGGGCGGAGAUUCCUCGAAAUCACCGCCUUCCGUGGUUCACACUGAAAAGACCUGGGAGAAGAAGCAAAGGACAUUGGGGAGGAGCUGACAACCAGCUUGGGAGCUAGGGUGUGUGCGUGCGCGUGCGCGAGCGUGUGCGACCGUGCAUGGGUGCGUAUAAGUCCAGGCUCACUACAUAUGGACACUAGCUCCUCUUCCGGUAUGUCUGGAGACUGCGCAUGCGCAUCGCUGGCCUUUAAACGUGCACCGCCGGUCCAUCCGGUAAAAGGAUCCGGCAAUCAGAUUACAAUUUUGUUCCUCCGCCAAUUAGAUGAACUAUUUUCUCUCAGCUUGAGAAAUGUUUCUAACUAACCACUCUCAAAUAGGGGGCAUAUACAAUCCGAUUUCUCUCGUUCAUCACAGGAUGAAGGCUUCCUAGGGUUUUUUCCAACUCAAAGUAAACGAAACUCGGAGAGACACCUUGCGGAGGGAUCUGGUUUGUUGUGGUGAGGUACAGAGGUGGGGGGGAGGAGACGCUGACAAACCAAGAUGGCGGUGGCAGCGAUGAAACCUGCGGCGACUGGCACUUACCUGUAGUAGUGAAGGCUUCAAUAGUUGGGAGGCAGCGGUAGGGUUUGGAAGAAACGGAACAAGACUAAGAACCGGUAAUCGGAAUCUCAGCCUGAGACUUUUAGAGCACGGCACCCGCCCCCCAAGCCCUUGACGGGCGGUGGCCGUCCUGCUUAGGGCCUAGACUCUGAGAAGUGCAUCGGUUUCAGACAGCGGCGGCGCCAUGAGUCCUUAAGGGCGGCCUGAGCCCUCCGGAUCUCUGGCCCAGCCCUCGGGCCCACCAUGGAGCUGGGGUCCGACGAUUUCCUACCGCCGCCGGAGUGUCCGGUGUUCGAGCCUAGCUGGGCCGAGUUCCGAGACCCUCUAGGCUACAUCGCGAAAAUCAGACCCAUCGCCGAGAAGUCCGGCAUUUGCAAGAUCCGCCCACCCGCGGACUGGCAGCCACCCUUUGCUGUGGAAGUGGACAACUUCAGGUUUACCCCCCGAAUCCAGAGGUUGAAUGAGCUGGAGGCCCAGACAAGAGUGAAACUGAACUAUUUGGACCAGAUUGCCAAAUUCUGGGAGAUCCAGGGCUCAUCCUUAAAGAUUCCCAAUGUAGAACGGCGGAUCUUGGACCUCUAUAGCCUCAGCAAAAUUGUGGUGGAAGAAGGUGGUUAUGAAACUAUCUGCAAGGACCGUCGAUGGGCCCGUGUGGCCCAGCGCCUCAACUAUCCACCUGGCAAAAACAUUGGUUCCUUGCUACGCUCUCACUAUGAACGUAUUGUUUAUCCCUAUGAAAUGUACCAGUCUGGAGCCAACCUUGUGUGUAACACACGCCCAUUUGAUAAUGAGGAAAAGGACAAGGAAUAUAAACCCCACAGCAUCCCCCUUCGACAGUCUGUGCAGCCUUCCAAGUUCAACAGUUAUGGACGACGGGCAAAGAGACUACAGCCAGAUCCGGAACCCACAGAGGAAGACAUUGAAAAGAAUCCAGAAUUGAAGAAGCUACAGAUAUAUGGAGCAGGUCCCAAGAUGAUGGGACUGGGCCUGAUGGCCAAGGAUAAGAAUCUGCGGAAAAAAGAUAAAGAAGGGCCUGAGUGUCCCCCCACUGUGGUGGUAAAGGAGGAAUUAGGUGGGGAUGUCAAGAUGGAAUCAGCCUCACCCAAGACUUUCCUAGAAGGCAAGGAGGAACUGAGUCACAGCCCUGAGCCCUGCACCAAGAUGACCAUGAGACUACGAAGGAACCACAGCAAUGCCCAGUUUAUUGAGUCAUAUGUAUGCCGAAUGUGUUCCCGAGGAGAUGAAGAUGACAAACUCUUACUGUGUGAUGGCUGUGAUGACAAUUACCACAUCUUUUGCCUGCUGCCUCCUUUGCCUGAAAUCCCGAAAGGUGUCUGGAGGUGUCCAAAGUGUGUCAUGGCGGAGUGUAAGCGGCCCCCUGAAGCCUUUGGCUUUGAGCAAGCUACCCGGGAAUAUACUCUUCAGAGCUUUGGAGAGAUGGCUGACUCCUUUAAAGCAGACUACUUCAACAUGCCUGUGCAUAUGGUACCCACAGAACUUGUAGAGAAGGAGUUCUGGCGGCUGGUGAAUAGCAUCGAGGAAGACGUAACUGUGGAGUAUGGGGCUGACAUCCAUUCCAAAGAAUUUGGCAGCGGUUUCCCUGUCAGUGACAGUAAGCGGCACCUAACCCCAGAGGAGGAGGAGUAUGCCACAAGUGGCUGGAACCUGAAUGUGAUGCCUGUGUUGGAGCAGUCUGUACUGUGCCACAUCAAUGCAGAUAUAUCUGGCAUGAAGGUACCAUGGCUGUAUGUGGGAAUGGUCUUCUCAGCCUUUUGCUGGCAUAUCGAGGAUCAUUGGAGUUACUCUAUUAACUACCUCCACUGGGGUGAGCCAAAAACCUGGUAUGGAGUCCCAUCGCUUGCAGCAGAACACUUGGAAGAAGUGAUGAAGAAGCUGACACCAGAGCUUUUUGAUAGCCAGCCUGAUCUCCUUCACCAACUUGUUACUCUCAUGAAUCCUAACACACUCAUGUCCCAUGGUGUGCCGGUUGUUCGCACAAACCAGUGUGCAGGAGAAUUUGUCAUCACUUUUCCUCGUGCUUACCACAGUGGUUUCAACCAAGGCUACAACUUUGCUGAAGCAGUCAACUUUUGCACUGCUGACUGGCUGCCUGCUGGACGCCAGUGCAUUGAGCACUACCGACGACUACGAAGAUACUGUGUCUUUUCUCAUGAGGAGCUCAUUUGCAAGAUGGCUGCCUGCCCUGAGAAGCUGGACCUGAACCUGGCAGCAGCUGUACAUAAGGAGAUGUUCAUUAUGGUGCAGGAGGAGCGGCGUCUACGAAAGGCUCUGUUGGAAAAGGGUAUCACCGAGGCUGAGCGAGAGGCUUUUGAGCUGCUUCCAGAUGAUGAACGUCAGUGCAUAAAGUGCAAGACCACAUGUUUCCUAUCUGCCCUGGCUUGCUAUGACUGCCCAGAUGGCCUUGUCUGCCUUUCUCACAUCAAUGACCUCUGCAAGUGCUCCAGUAGCCGCCAGUACCUUCGGUACCGGUACACCUUGGAUGAGCUCCCUGCUAUGCUGCAUAAACUCAAAGUUCGAGCUGAGUCCUUUGACACCUGGGCUAACAAAGUACGAGUAGCCCUGGAGGUGGAAGAUGGGCGGAAGCGCAGCCUGGAAGAACUGAGAGCACUAGAAUCUGAGGCUCGUGAGCGAAGGUUUCCUAACAGUGAGCUUCUACAGCGACUGAAGAACUGCCUGAGUGAGGCAGAGGCUUGUGUGUCCCGGGCUCUGGGAUUGGUCAGUGGCCAGGAAGCUGGCCCUGACAGGGUGGCUGGUGUACAGAUGACUCUGGCCGAGCUACAGGAUUUUCUGGGCCAGAUGAACAACCUACCCUGUGCCAUGCACCAGAUUGGGGAUGUCAAGGGUAUUCUGGAACAGGUGGAAGCCUACCAGACUGAGGCCCGUGAGGCCCUGGUCUCACAGCCCUCCAGUCCAGGGCUGCUGCAAUCCCUAUUGGAGAGAGGGCAGCAGCUGGGUGUGGAGGUACCUGAAGCCCAGCAGCUCCAAAGGCAGGUGGAACAGGCUCGGUGGCUGGAUGAGGUAAAACGCACGCUGGCUCCCUCUGCCCGAAGGGGUACCCUGGCCAUCAUGCGGGGACUGUUGGUUGCGGGCGCCAGUGUAGCCCCUAGCCCUGCUGUGGAUAAGGCCCAGGCAGAGCUUCAGGAGCUGCUGACCAUCGCUGAACGCUGGGAAGAGAAAGCCCACCUCUGCUUAGAGGCCAGGCAGAAGCAUCCACCAGCCACACUUGAGGCCAUAAUCCAUGAAGCAGAAAACAUCCCGGUUCAUCUGCCCAAUAUCCAGUCUCUCAAGGAGGCUCUUGCUAAGGCCCGAGCAUGGAUUGCUGAUGUGGAUGAGAUCCAAAAUGGUGACCACUACCCUUGUUUGGAUGACUUGGAGGGCCUUGUGGCUGUGGGUCGGGACCUCCCUGUGGGGCUGGAGGAACUGAGACAGCUAGAGCUGCAGGUACUGACAGCACACUCCUGGAGAGAAAAGGCCUCCAAGACCUUCCUCAAGAAGAACUCCUGCUACACUUUAUUGGAGGUGCUCUGCCCGUGUGCAGACGCCGGCUCAGACAGCACCAAACGCAGCCGGUGGAUGGAGAAGGAGCUGGGGUUGUACAAAUCUGACACAGAGCUGUUGGGGCUGUCUGCGCAGGACCUCAGGGACCCAGGCUCUGUGAUCGUGGCCUUCAAAGAGGGGGAGCAGAAGGAGAAGGAAGGGAUCCUACAGCUUCGUCGUACCAACUCAGCCAAGCCAAGUCCACUGGCAUCGUUGACAACAAACUCGUCUACAGCUUCUAUCUGCGUGUGUGGGCAAGUGCCAGCUGGGGUGGGAGCUCUGCAGUGUGACCUGUGUCAGGACUGGUUCCAUGGGCGCUGUGUGACAGUACCCCGCCUCCUCAGCUCCCAGAGGUCCAGUCUUACCUCAUCCCCACUGCUGGCCUGGUGGGAAUGGGACACCAAAUUCUUGUGCCCUCUGUGUAUGCGCUCACGGCGCCCACGCUUGGAAACCAUCCUGGCACUGCUGGUAGCCCUACAGAGACUGCCUGUACGGCUGCCUGAGGGUGAGGCUCUACAGUGCCUCACAGAGAGAGCCAUCAGCUGGCAAGGCCGUGCCAGGCAGGUUUUGGCCUCUGAGGAAGUGACUGCUCUGUUGGGACGGCUGGCUGAACUCCGCCAACGGCUACAGGCUGAAUCCAAGCCUGAGGAAUCCCUGGCCUACUCUUCAGAUGGUGGAGAUGGCACUGGCAAUAUGCCUAAGGUCCAGGGGCUGUUGGAGAAUGGGGACAGUGUGACCAGUCCUGAAAAGGUAGCCACAGAGGAGGGCUCAGGUAAGAGAGAUCUGGAGCUGCUAUCCUCGCUAUUACCACAGUUGACUGGCCCUGUGUUGGAACUGCCUGAGGCAACCCGAGCCCCACUAGAGGAACUUAUGAUGGAAGGGGAUCUGCUUGAGGUGACCUUAGAUGAGAAUCAUAGCAUCUGGCAGCUGCUGCAGGCUGGGCAGCCUCCAGACUUGAAGAGGGUCCAGACACUUCUGGAGCUGGAGAAGGCAGAGCGCCAUGGGAGUCGGACACGAGGCCGAGCCCUAGAGAGGAGACGGCGGAGGAAGGUGGAUCGGGGUGGGGAGCCCGAUGAUCCGGCACGAGAGGAGCUAGAGCCAAAGAGGGUACGGAGCUCAGGACCAGAAGCCGAGGAAGUCCAGGAGGAAGAGGAGCUGGAGGAGGAGACUGGGGGUGAGGUCCCUCCUGUACCCUUCCCCAACAAUGGCAGUCCCAGCACCCAGGAGGACCAGGAUGGCUUAGAACCAGUGUUAGACGCUGGUUCUGACACCUCAGCCCCUUUCUCUACUCUGACUUCCCGGCUGUUGAUGUCCUGCCCACAGCAGCCAUCUCUGCAACAAUUGUGACAAUGGCUGAGCCUAGCACAGACCCCAACAAAGAUCCUUCCUUGGCCUCAAGGAUCCUUUCUGACCAUCAAGCCUGCUUCUUGGAGGUGGGCGGGUAGGUGGAGAGACUCCCCCCUCACCACCAUCCCCAAGACCGUGACUUUUAUAUUCUGACUCCAAGGUAUUGUUCAGACCUCAGCUCCUGGGGGCCGGCCCCUGGAGUCCUGCGUCCCUGGUAACCUCUAACCAGCAUUCCCAGACACCAGAGGCAGAUAGACAGGUGGGCAGGGGAUCUACUGGGGCUGGGCCAGCACCAUUCCAGAGACAAAUCCAGGGCACAUGCAAACUGGGGGACCUCUCCCUUAUCCCCAGUUCUGACCCUGGGUUAGGCCAUGCUACACUAACCUUCCCUCUCCACCUCACACUUUUGCCUCCCUCUCCAUUUUACUUCUUUCCUCUCCCCUUCAUCUUUUCCCUUACCCUUACUGUUCCACCCAGGAGGAGGAAACUUCACAUAGCUGUCCUCACCUUUUAUUUUAAAUGAAUUUUGUUGGGGUUGAGCGGGGCUGCCUAUGGUCUGAAGGCUUUUGGUGCUUGUCCACACACCCACCUCAACCCUUCCUGCCCAUCCUCCUCUAUCUCCUUUCCUCCUCCUGGGUUCAUGCUGUAAUAAAGAAGAUUGUUGGUGUGUAAUUAAUUUGUUCAAAAGGAGAAGAAAAAGCAAAACAAAAAACUUUGUUUCAACUAAAGCCUAUUUUAAUUUUAUUUUAUUAUUUUCCUCAUUAGAAAUAAAACCCUUAGGAAUGUUUUUUUUUGGAAACAUGUUUCUGAAGUGCAUUUCUCUUCAAAAAGAGCAGCCCCUUCCUCGCCUGUUAAUGGAGCAGUUGCAAUGCUAGUUAGUGGUAGUGCCAGGGCCAGGGAAGCAGGGCUCUGAAUUUAAAUCUUACCAACUUCUCUCUAACCUUGGAAAAGAUAUCCAGUUCCUCCCCCCAAGCCAUUCCCUUGUCUUCAGACUGGUGGGUACUGGUCCCUUUUGAUAAUUUGCACAGCAGCUUCUGCUAGCUGUGUGCUCUUAAUUUUCUGUUCUCUGGGGGACUUUUCUUCAUGGCUUUAUUGAGGUAGAGUUUCCAUGCUAUAAAAUUCAGCUGUUUUAAAUAUGUAAUUUGGUGAGUCAGACCAUCCUUGAUGUUUCUCCAUUAGUUCUUUCUGCCCUUAAUGAAUGUGUGGUUAAUUUGUAAUUUCUGUGUCACUGUUAACUGCUCUAUUGAGAUGAAAUUUGCAUAGCAUCCAGUUUAUCCACUUAAAGUAUACAAUUCAGUGACUUUUAGUUUAUUUCAGUCAUUGAAUGAAUCAUCACUGCAAAAAAAAUUUUAGAAUGUUUUUACAACCCUCAGAAGAAACCCCACAUUGCCUAGGUAUUCCCUCCCUACUCCCAUUUGUCUCUUCUGGACAUUUUAUAUAAAUGAAAUUAUACAAUAUGUGAUCCUUUUGUGUCUGGCUUCUUUGACUUGGCAUAGUAGCUUCAAGCCUAUUAGUAGUCCUACAGUAGUUAUAUUUUCAUCCUUCUGAGCCUGAAAGAUGAAGGGACUAUGCUUGACCAGGGACUGACCUCCUGAAAUACGUUUAUACAUGUUUUUGUGGGUAUCUUAUGUGCAUCUUUCUCAGAUUAAGACCCACCAGAUUGCAUCGUAUUUAUAAAGGAACCAUAACCCUCUAAAGACUAAGAAACAUUUUUAUGGUUCUGAGAGUUCUCUGUCUGGAGUUUACCUAGGAGGUAGAGGAAAAAGCAAAAGCUUGGAGGCCCUGCUUCACUGGCUAACUUCCAGGCAUCCCUGGCUUUUCCUAAGUUUUUCCUCUUCUCAAGGUUGUAUAAGGUGUUACAGACUAAAGUCAAAUCUUGAUCCCUAGCUCAGGAACUCAGCACACCAGCACUCUUACUUUGCCCUUCCUCAUUUAUAUCUUCAGAGGAUUAUUUUGCUCCAUUUCUCCCCUUUCCCAGGAUUUCCAGUUGCUAGAAAUCUAGUGAUAUAUCUCACCCUCUUGGGGUGGCUUUCAGGGGUGGGAGCAUGGCUUUAGACCUACCUGCCUUAUGCAGUCUUUUUAGUCUAUGUUGAAAGGUAAACACCAGUAAACAGUGAAUAUCCCUGCCCUGGGAUAUUCCCCUGGGUCCAUUUUGAUACUAAGUUUCAAUCAAGGGUCUUUUGCCCAGCCAUUGGAAUUAAUCAUGGUUUCCAAUAAGAGUUGGAGAUAGCAGAAGAGACACCCAAAGGAACUUGAUCUUGACAUUUUACUACCACUCUACUCCAGGAAGCCAGGCACAGCACAGGAAGAAGUGGCCAAAGGAAAGGUAAAGAUGGUGCCUACAACCUACAGCAACUCCUAGGCUAGUGAACUGCUCAGGCCAAGGUAGGGGUCCUUUGUGGUAUGGGCCUGCCCCUUACCAAGUUCCAGACAGCCUUUUUCAGUUAGCCCUUCCUUCCCUGCCAUAUCCCUUAUACACUUUCCGCCCUCUUCACAGUGUACAUGUAGCCAUUAGUGAAGCAAAACUGUCUUAAUUAGGUUUCUGUUGCUGUGAUAAAACCGAAAGAACUUGGGGGAGAAAGUGUUUAUUUCAUCUUACACCUUGUAGUCCAUCCAGAGAAGAAAGCAGGAACCUGGAGGCAGGAGCUGCUGCAGAGGCCAUGGAGGGGUGCUGCUUACUGGCUUGCUCAUCAUGACUUGCUCAGCCUACAUAUGGUACCCAGGACCACCAGCCCAGGGAUGGCACGGCCCACAGUGAGCUAGGUCCUACUAUAUCAGUCAUCAAUCAAAAAAAAUGUACCCUGGGCUGUCCAAUCUGAUGGGGGCAUUUUCUCAAUUGGGUUUUCCCUCUUUGUCCAAGAAAGCACCAAAUGAGUGGGCAAGUUUUACCUCAGAGUCAUUUAGUUUACAGAUUCCAUCUUGCUGCUACAUCCUACCAGACAGUUCCACUCCUGUCAGGAUAGCACCUGAGUAUGCAGGGAUGGAAAGAGAUAACUGCUUCUAUUAAGGACAAAUCUCCCUCCUCCCCUGACCCCCAUUCUCCUCUUACUGAGACAGAACCUGUAUCCCUGGCUGUCCUGGAACUCACUGUGUAGACCAGGCUAGCCUCAAACUCAUAGGGAUCUGCCUGUCUCUGCCUCCUGAGUGCUUGGAUUAAAGCUGUGCCACCACAUCCAGCAUCUAAGUUCCUCCUUUGGCCCAACUGUGCAUUUCUUCCUGUCUCUAGCUUUUCCAUGCCUCCACUGUGCCUUAAAUCAUGUCCAAAACACUAGGUUUAAUGGUUCUUUAACCCACUUACCUAUUCUGAGAGUUCCUGGAGGAGAAAAACAAGAACCAGGUCUGAGUCCUCUGCUAAUUCAAGGCUGAGAGUUGGGAGGUGGGAAUGAAUUGUGUAUGGUCAGUUCAGAUCAAGCAGCAUUUCCAACUCUACAGUGCAUGUGAAUUCUGUUCGUUAUGCACUGUAUGAAGUCUGAUGAUCCAAGAUGACUGAAUCUGGACCAUGAUCACCAGAGCCCUGAAAGAGAAACAUUAACCAUCUGUCCUAGAAGACCUAAAUUUAGGGGGUGCUUAAAUCCUGGGUGCCACACUCCAUGUAAGAUACUUGGCAAAGUUCUUAGUACACAAGGAAUAGGCCCCUAGUAUAAUAGGCUGGGCCCAGCCAAAACUCACCAAAGUUGUGACUCCCAAUUUCCAUGCAAAAAUACAAUAAAGCCCUACUUAUAUCAGAAGGGGUCUAAGUAAUUGGCAUGUUCAUGGUAGAAAUUUACUGUUAGUAAACUGGGGCAUCAGCAAUACUGGUUAGGUGGGUAGAAGCCAGUAUUGCUAUUGUUCUGUGGAAUCAUUCCCAUGCCUGUCUGUGUUAGGUAUGUAUUGCCAAAAGACAGUAAUAUGGCUGACAUAUUUAUCUAAUCUCUAAAACAAAACUAUGGAGGUAAAUGCAGGAAGAUUGCAAAUUUGAAGCUAGUUGAGUUGUAGAGUGGGACCCUGUCUCAAACAAAAGCCAAAACUGCCAUAAAGCAACAUUUAGCUGACUUCAAGGUCAUUCACAGGCAUCAAUCAAGGUGUCAGCCAGCACAGCUGACAUCUCCAGGCUUACUGGGCUAGGAUGUGUUGGCUCUUUGCAGGAGUCAGUUUCUCACUGGCUGUUGAACAGGUUCAGUCAGUUUCUUGAAUGUGGGGUGGACCUUUUCACAGGGGAGCUCACAAUAUGGCUGCUUGUUUCAUGAGAUCAAGAUGGGCAAGAGUCAGAAAUGACAUUUCAUCAUUUUUACAAUUGACGAUAUUCAUUAGAAGCCAUUAGGAGGAAGAAAGGAGGGAAGAUCUAGACCAUAUUCAGAAGGAAGGAAUUAAGAGGAUGGGGUUUGUUGAGGGUCAUCUUGGAGAUGAACUAUUAUGAUUUACUCUGAUAAUUAUUCAUGUCCCUUCCAUGUACAAAAUAUAUUUACUCCUUAAGUUCUUUUAAGUCACAUCCCAUUACAACAUAUCCUCAAAGGUGCUAAAUAUGAAUGAAUUGCCUUGUGCAUAAUCCCUACAUAUGGCUCAAGUACUGUUUUCUCUCUAUGGCUAGAGCUGUGAAACUUAAAAACACGAGUUGUCCAUCCCUACCACUUCCUAAUAUACAAUGGAGGGAAGGCAUAUACAAACAUUCCAGUUCAAAAAGGGCAAAGGAUAUGUGUAUGCCUCUGGCAAUUGAAGCUACUAAUCUGUUACAAGUUAAAUCCAGCUGGGCAAAUGAAGUUCCUUGAAUUGGUUCCAAGGUGGGACGAUUUUUCAUACUGUUUUCUGGGCUCUUGCUGUUACCUGUGCUUUUUCAGGAGAAGUAGCACAUGUUUGCGAUGGGAAAUUUUUUUCUCUACUGUUUACUGCCAGAAUUUUGGAGGACCAGUGACUUCUUGCAGAGCAUGUGUCAUCAGUUACCAUCAAGACAAAGGGCUUUGACUUCUUUUGGGCAUGUUGAUCAUUCAGCAGUAAACUAGAAUGAGAUUGGCCUUCAGGGCAACCCUGACUUAGAGUCCGCCAUCAUGGCCACUUUGUUCAGAAGCCAACAGGCAGAUAAAAGUGACAGGAUAGAGAUUAGCCACACCCAUAGAAUGGGAUAUCACGUUUGCGAUCUUCCAUAGUGGUGCUUCUUUAUUUGGGUCAUGAAAAUUCUCACAUUCUGCUCAUUCCAAGAUGGCCAGCUAUACACAUAGGCCUUUUCCCUCAGAUGUCUCUUCAACAUUUCAGUCUUGUUCUUCCCUAAUCCUUGACUGCAGACAUGAAUCCGUAAGCUAUCUAUGCUUUUGACUGUUUCUGUGAUAGUAAUUUUAAUCAACCCAAAGUGGAUCUGUAAUUCUGAAAUUAGCCACUUGUAGCCGACACCAGCAUGUCCCGCAGAACAUCUAUAAGCGAAGGUUGAAUAUUGUAUCCCUUAGUUGUCUGGUCUCAAGGAACCCCCUAUGGGGUCUCAGAGGACAGGAAAAAAAGGGUGACAAUGUAGCAAGUGUGCAUUUCCAGACCUUCACAUAAUUGGGCAGACCUGAUAAAAUAGUUAAUGCAAAUUACUAUUUGAUGUCAUGUGCUCAGAUGUUCAUGAGAAAAUAAGUCUACUUUUCUAUUUUUAUCUUUCUUUGCUUCUGAGAUCUUGCUGCUUGCAGUCUUACUCUCCAUUUUUGUUUGUUUUGUCUUAUACAUAUGUUGUAUCUUGGGCCAGUGAGGUGGCCCAGUGGGUAAAAGCACUUGCUACACAAGCCUGGUGGCCUGAAUUCAAUCCCAGGGAUCCACAUAAGAGAGAAUCGAUUCAUGCAAGUUGUCUUGUGUGUACGCUCGCACACAUAAAUAGAUGUAAUAAAAAUACUUUUUAAAA